GUGUUGGUGUUUCUCUCACUCUCAGUAUCACAGAAGACGCGAUGGUGAACGGUCCACGCCGGGCAGCAGUAGGCGGUUCUGACGACGUGUGACGAAAUUGACGGUGUUGUUCUGAAGUGAGAGACUUACAAAUUGUUUUAGCGUUUUUUCAGUCAAUAGCUAAUACAUGACAGCUCCGUUCGAAGUGAAGUGAAAAAGGAAAUGUGACUUAGCGUUUAGAUUGCAAUGGAACUCUAUUAAUUAUGAGUGAAAAUACAAAGUAAACUUUGGUCUUACUGAUGUGAAGCGAAAUGGAUGCGUUCGUUCAUAUCGUAUUCUUCGUGACGUGGAUCUCCGGCUUUGUUUUUGCCAAUGAAGGCUCACUUCCGGUCAUCAAGGAGCAGCCGAGCAGCGUGAUCGCCAGACGCAACGAUCCGGCAACCCUGAACUGCGCAGCCUCCGACGCCACGCACAUCACGUGGUUCCGGGACGGCCAGCAGGUCGUGACCUCCUCCCAGGACACCCGCUCCCACCGCGUCCUCCUGCCCUCUGGGUCCCUCUUCUUCCUGAGGGUAGCCAGUGGACGCAGGGACAGCGACGCCGGGAACUACUGGUGCGUGGCCACCAACCAGUACGGCUCGACGCGUUCCGCCAACGCUACCCUCACCGUGGCCUCCUUGUCCUACGAUUUCCAGGCGUUUCCAGAGCCAUCCGUCAAAGUUCUGGCUGGGGAGCCUGUGACCCUGUCCUGCAGAGCUCCGAGAGGUUCUCCGGAGCCUAGUCUGAGCUGGCUGAGGGAUGGCAAAGAGGUGCAGAAUUCCUCGCACGUAGUCGUCACGAACUUUGGUGACCUUGUUAUCAAGCCGACUGAGCAGGAUCAUUCAGGGACCUACGUGUGUCGUGCAAAAAAUAUUGCUGGAACACGAGAAUCACCUGCUAGCAAGCUAGUUGUUAUGACUCCACCCUGGUUUGAGGUAAAUCCCAAAAAUGUAACUGCUGCCUCGGGGGUAAACGUAGAAUUUGCCUGCCAAGUCAAGGGCCACCCAACGCCAUCAGUAACUUGGCGACGCUUAGACGGGAAGAUGCCAACAUCCCGUAUCAAAACUGAUAAUCAGAGGCUUACAAUAGAGGAAGCUGAAGCAUCAGACACUGGUGUAUACAUUUGUGAAGCACAGAGCGAGGCUGGUUUCACGGAAGCCAAAGUAUUUCUCACUGUCUUUGAGGCUCCUGAGUUAGCCCAGCGUCCACAAAAUACACAGGUUUUGGAAGGUGAAAAAGUGCAGUUGUCAUGCAUAGUCAAAGGAGACCCAGAACCCCUUGUGUUGUGGCGUUUACCAGCCCUGGACAGAUCAGCUCUACUUACUCCAUCGCAAAAAAAUGGACACAUAUCUGUGUCUUCAGAUGGCCAGACACUGACAAUCAGCCCAACAGCAACAAGGGACAGUGGGAAUUACCAGUGUUGGGGAGUCAGUAAUGGAGGAGGCGUAAGCGCUCAAGCAGAGGUGAUGGUGGUUGAUGCAUAUCCUCCUCCUGUGAUUGGUGUAGGUCCCCAGGACAUUUCAGUGAAGCCAGGGAGUGAUGUUUCACUACCUUGUGAAGUAGUCAGUGAAGCUGCUACACCAACCAUAACAUGGUGGUUUCAGCCUGCAGCGCACAUCCCUUCUUACAAGUUAACUGAGGGGAAUGAGAACACUAGAAUAUCACUCCCAAAUACUGGGGCACUUCUAUUGAAAAAUGUUCAAGCAAGUGAUGCAGGUAUUUACACAUGUCGUGUCACAGCUGAAACAGGUAGUGCAGAGCAGGAGGCAGUACUGCAAGUUAAGGAAAGUGCUCCAGAUAUACCCACACGCCACCCACCAGCUCCACCUUCAAAACCUCGAUUAUUCUCUGUUAAUGAAACAUCCGUUCAGUUAUCAUGGCUGCCCAAUUCUCAAAUGGAUAGUAACACUGAACAGUGGUAUCUUAUUGAACACUGGCAGCAGGGAUGGGAUGAGUGGCGUGUUGCGGCUGCAGAUAUUAGACAAGAAUCCUUCACAGUUACUGCUUUGACCCCUGGAAAUACUUAUUUUUUCUUCGUCCGGGCAAUUAGCAAUGAAGGGAAGUCUUUCCCAAGUCCGUGGUCAGAUUCGGUCAUCGUCCGUCCAUCCCGCGAUCUAAACCUGACUUCGAAUCAGGUCCGCCAAGUGCGCCGUCGUCUUUCAAGACCUGCAGUGACACUCACGGAAGCUGAAAUAACUAAUUCUAACAGUGUCCUGUUAAAAUGGAGGUUUAUCAACGCAGCUGAGGAUGCAGUAGAAGGUGUGCUGGUGUAUGCAGUCUCAGCGUCAGGUUCUGUGCAGGUGGCCACUGUCCUAGGGUCUUCCUCCUCGUCUCAUCAUAUGCAUAAUUUACAGCAGUAUACAAAUUAUACUUUCUUUGUAGCUCCAUUUUGGCACAGUAUUGAGGGCACGCCUUCAAACGCCAUCAAAGUCACUACACCGGAGGAUGUUCCAGUCUCUGCACCCAGUGAUGUUCACAUCAUCCUCCAGAAAGAUGGAUCAACGCUGAUCACUUGGUCAAGCUUGGAAAGUGAUAAAGCCCGUGGUGUGAUCAUUGGCUACCAAGUUGUCAUUACUAACAAUGGUACACAGACGACAGAAAUGGUGCAAGACCCCAGACUUGAAGCCCAUGGGCUCACUCCAGGUAGACUGUAUGCUGUCCGUGUUGCAGCUGUCACGGGCGCUGGCAUUGGGCCAUUCAGUCCUCCAGUGUUGUUGGAUGGGGGAACAAAAAUUGAUCACUCAAACCAGAAUGUGCCUCUCAUUCCAAGAGGAGACAACACUUCAGUUUUAUAUGCCCAGCCUCAGCCAGCUUGGCUUGUUUAUCUGUUGGUGCCUUUGGUCAUCAUUCUCUUCUUUGCAACUAUCAUGUACAUAAGACAUUUGCGACAUAAAAUUCCAGUGCCUAAACCUUCCCAAGCAAACUCAGUUUACCAAGAUCCAUCUUUGUAUCCAGCGCAGCAUACCAUAAACAUGUAUAGUGAGCAGAAACUCUGGCCUUCAUCAGACAGCGACAAGGACUCAAGCCUGUCAUCGUCAAGACUUCUGCGGUCAGAUCAGCAGAUAAAUGACUAUUCAGAACCAAGAGUGCAGAGGAUUGACGAAGCCACAGAGCCCUAUGCUACAACGGCACUCUUGGCACAAGAGUCCCCACACUUGAUUCAUGGGCCUCCAUGGCGACAUCACAGUGAUGACUCUGGUGUGCAGGUCAACUGGUCUGCCAUCUUGCCGCCACCACCUUCCUGCCCUCCACCACACGAUUUCGACUUGGGGGAUCCAGUGGGAUUCACCAGCCCCCGAGAGGUCCACAUAGUAUGUGCUCCAGGGAGCUCCUCGCACCGCAGUAGCGUGAUUGGAUCAGAGCAGUACAAAAGGCCCUGUGAUGCAAGUUCUGAUCACACCUACGAUAUCUACACGCAGAUGACACCCAAUUCUUUCCGCAAUGGAUUCCGUACUUUUAAUUCCUUGCAAAGCUGUGAUUGUAAACAAAAUAACAAAGAAUGCCAAUCAUCUAAUUUCUCAUCUACAGAACCUCCCACGAGUAACACUCACUAAUCUUAGAAUCACAUACAUUUUUGGUUGGUCAUCAUGUCAGCAAGAUGUAUCCACAAUUUUAACAAGUUCUGUUCUUGUCUGAUGAAUCCAACCAAUUUAAAAUAAAACCAAAGAUAACUAUAAGGUUUAGUUAAAACAAACUUUUGAGUGAAUUUUUUCAUCAUUUUUGAAACUGCAGACUUACUCUUAGUGUACAGGGUGAAAGUGGUGCAAGACUCUUGGUGUACAGAAAGAGUUUCGGUUCAAGCAAAGUGCUUUUGUGGGGUGAAUCAGGUCUUCUGCAAAUCUGCCGAAAAAGGAACGCGUGCUUGCAAACGCUGGUGGCUUCUACCUUGUAGCAGCAACCAGUGUUGCACUGUAUUCUCUUUUAUCAAUCAAAUGGUGCUUUGAGUUGCAAGAGCAAAUGGAUUCAAAACUAAUGUCCUUUUGUGUUGCGUCCAGUGCGUCUAUAUCAGACACUGAACGCAACACCGUUUUAACACAUGAGGUGACUGCUUCCUACUGGACCAUGUAGAAAGUGAAGUCCCUAGCUGACUCUGAAGGACUCUUGACUUCUUCAGUCAAGAGACUCUGUCAAAUCAUCCAUUUGCAGUGGAAGUCCUAUACCUGUUCAUUUGCAUUGUGAUAGGCCGUAGGUUUAAUAACAAGCUAACGCUAAUAGUGGAUUCCUUGGAAUCCUAAGUAGUACGACAUUAAAUGAAAAUGCUUUAUAUCAAUAGCCACGCAGCUUGAGAAGUUGUAAAUUAUGAUCGUCCUUGUAUAUCCUAGUCAUGCCUUGUAUAUAUAUAAUAUAUCCCCCAAAUUGUUUAUUUUUCAAAUAAAAUUUGUUGACUUCGG